AUGGACACAUCAAGAGUCUAUGGCAGUGUAAAGACAGUUAAGACCCCAGGGAAUAAGUAUGCAUCACCCCCAUCUUUUCCUCCAGAUGCUUGUCAGUGCCCACACUGGCAUCAGUUGGCUCUGAGACUCAGCUGUGCUGGACUGAUCUUUCUUUUCUUGAGCCUGAUUGGACUCAGUAUCUUAGUGCGAUUCUUAGUGCAAAAACCACCAAUAGAAAGAUACAGUGUGGCUGCUCAAGAGAACAGGACCAAAUCAACAGGGAGAUCAACCAUACUAACAUGCCUGAGACAUUGGCAUCCAUACCGGGAUAAAUGCUUAUUUAUGUCUCCAACUUCUGGUCCUUGGACUGAAGGUCUAGCUGACUGCUCUGUGAAAGAAGCCACUUUGCUGCUCAUUGAAGAUGAAGAAGAAUUGAGAUUCAUUCAUGAUUUCUCAAAGAGAAAAGGACAGCAAUUUUUUAUUGGACUAAAUUAUGUGCCAGUGGAGAAGAUCUGGAAGUGGAUAAAUGGCUCAAUUUUAAAUCCUGAUCUAUUACGAAUCAUGGGCACUGACGAAGAAAACAGCUGUGCAGUUAUCUCACAGACAGAAGUGUUUUCUGACUUCUGUUCUGCAGACAACCGUUGGAUCUGCCAAAAGAAGCUGAAGCAUGAUUGA